AUGCGUCAAACUUGCCUGUGCAAAUAUCUCAGUACGAAAUGCAACCAUCCUGACACUCUACGGCAGCUACCAGUGGCUAUACGGGAGCGCAUCUACAGGCAUGCUGGCCUCAUCGCUGGUCACCGCCUCAUAUACGGCGACCCGCUUGAGGACGAUGACACGCUUCUAUUGAUGCGCAUCUGCCACCAAAUUCGCAAUGAAGUUGAGGCAUUGAUCUCAAAGCACAACACCUGGCUCUUCACGAUAUCUAUUGAGGAGAGUCUUCUUUCGCUCCGGGGAUGGACGCCGGAGGCGUGCGCCAGACUCCGCGACGUGCAUGUCCAUGUGCAGACGUCGGAGUAUUCGCCUCUUACGUGGAGCCUCGUUCGGGCCUGGCAAGGUGCCGCGAAGCACCUGCUAGAACAUGCUAAGCCAGGUCAGCUCAGGCUUCAUGUUAUAUGCCACGUAGGUGACGACGUGGCCAGGGCUAGAGCUAUUGUCAAACCGUUUGAGCAAUUCCCAGGUCGCCUUCGAGAGCUGGGGCUCUGCCUAGCCAACUAUGCUUCCCCUGACCUCCUGAAACUAGCUCGCGAGAUAGUGGCCUGGUCUCAAGCACCUGAUGAGGAAGAGGCUCAUCGUGCUACUCAUCCUUUCCCGUUUUUCAACCUUCCUCAGGAGAUCCGUCACCACAUUUUUCAGUACACAGGCCUCGUUCUGCCCCACCGAAGUGUUCUCUGGUUGCCGGAUGGCAAUGGGUUCCGCCGUCAAUACAUAUGGUGCGAAUGUGAUGGGACUGUGUGCCGUGAGAGGGACAUCCACUAUAACCAAAAGUUCUACCACUGUGAUGCAGAGGAAGGCUUUUGCGCGAGGCGUAACAGUAGUUUUUCGAGACACUGUAAGCAUGAGGCGGCGCUGUCUCUGUUGCUAGCGAGCCGGGCGCUUUACCAAGAAGCCAUCGCUUUCUUCUACGCGAGCAAUAGGAUCACCAUCGCCGCUCUCAACCACCCCGAACACGCGAUAUCCAUGUGGGAUCCUACACGUACUCAUAGCCCACCUCCUCGCGAUGAUGAUUGGGGUGUGGCGGAUUGGGAUCGUGAGGAGUCAGACCCGGCGCAGCAGAUCACGCACGAUCCUACGAGACUUUUCAUUAAGUAUGUCGGCACCGCUGCUCUGCGCCAUCUCCGAAAUAUUGAGAUUGUGCUCCCAAUGGCAACUAAAAACUCCAGCCUCGAUGAUAAGUUAUCUAUAUAUACCGAAUGGCUCGAGGCAGUCGACCUUCUCGCCGAGCAUUGCAACGUGGCGGCCUUGACCAUUUCGAUCCAUAUCUUCACCAUGCGCAAGUACUCCCGUCAGCCGCUAUCGAGCACUGAAGACAUCCGUCAGACGCAGAGCCUUCGCAUGCUUGCCCCUCUGCAGAGGCUGCCAGGCCUCGGUCGGCUAUUUGUUUUACUGGAGUGGCCUCAACAUUGGUCAUCUUUGAGACCAAGGCGGGAUAUAGAUGCGUCCGGUAUGCCCAAGAAGCCUAGUCCAGGGUGCGGUAUCGGCGAGCAUUUCAUACCGUCCUCAGAGCCCAACCUCAAGCAAGAGGAGACACAGCUGGAAAGGCAGAUUAUGGGCGAACAGUAUGAUAGCUUUGCAGUAGGUAAACGGGAGCUUCUCCCCAGCCCGUGGAUUCGUCGCGAUUGGGACUCCUAA